AUUUUAAAUUAAAUUGAUAACUCGAUAUUUUCGUUAAAAAUAAAUAAAAAUUCCAUCUAAAAAAAACUCUUCGAUGAACAAAGAAAAAUGAUUAGCUAAUGAUAUAAAUAUUAGAAAGAAAUUAGAAUCGGAAAGAUCAAAUAAACAGCAAGGAGUGGACACGUGUCAUUAGACAAUAGAAAAAGAGAACGAAUUGUAUACAAUACACUGCAGACAAUUUUUAAUUUUAAAAUUUUGAAUUUAGAAAUCAACAGCCAUUGUACAACCGCGAGCGCCAAAUACAAAAACCAUUUCAAGCUGCUAAAAUUUUUUCAUUUCAGUUUCUCAUUUUCUCAUUACAAUUCGAAGAAUAAGCCAAAGACAACAGAGCAAUGUCAGCUGCAAAAACAAACUCGAAGAAACGAACCGCCUCCGAGUCAGUACUAAAGAAAUCGGAAUCCAAAUUCCGAGUCGUCGACGAUGAGCUCGAUGUCGAUCUCUCCAGCGAUAUUAAGGGAAUAAUGUCGGCGCUGCAUCAGAUUCGAGAGAAAACGCAAAAGGACGGUCAAAAGAAGAACGAGGAAACGAUUUCGAGCCUGUCAUCUGAGAUCAGGUCAAUGAUGGAUCAGUUAAAAUCCAAAGUUGAGAAGGACAGACAAAGUUUUGCAAAGGCACUUUCAAAGAGCUCAAAAGAGUGUGAAAACUGCUUGAAGAAUGAGACUGCCAAGUUUCAAGAGAUUUAUGACAAAUUUUGCAAGGAAAAAGCAGCUCAUUUGCAGGCUCUACAAGAUACCAUUUCCAAAUUUGAAGAAGAUAAGGAAAAGCUGUUCUUGCGAUAUGAACAACUGAAGAAGAAAGAGAGAAAUAUUAUAGCUGAACAAGAGAAAGCUUGUGCUGAAAAGAUUGCUAAUUUGGAAGAGUCCUUGAAAAAGAAAAAGCAGGAUGAUAAAACUUUCAGUAUUUUGAGGAAAACGCUUGGCUCUUUUCUGGAAAAUGCCUCUGAUGAGGAUUUUCCACCGGAUGACUGAAAAAUUCCAUUCACAGAAAAUGCUGCAAAUCUUUUAACAGUGAAUAUAAUAUUCUGUCACUAGGAGACCUGUUACCAUUUAUUCCAUUCUUUGUUAUUUUCGAGUACCCAGGAGAAUUUCAGUGUACAGGUAUGAAAUACUCAAUAUCAACUUGCUAGUGGACCCGAUCUACUGGUAUCAAGCAUUACUGCUUCUUAGUGCACGUUUAUUUGGCUU